AUGAGGCGAUUAAUACCCGGCAGUGGCUUCAGGCCGUCAAAUCGCCUUAGAUGGAGUUCGAGAUACGGCUUGCGGAGAAACAUUCACAUUCAAGCAAUACCAAGCAGUCAGCUCAAUUCAGUGACGAACGAAAGUUUUCACUCUGCUUCGACGACUACGAACUCUGCUAUAUCUCCUGACGCAAAAUUCGAAGUUGUCGGCUCGCCGUAUUCCCUGCUUUCCGUAUCACUUUCUGCGUCCCAGAAUCUAUAUACAAGGCGUGGAACUCUCGUAGGACUAAGUGGGAAACCGGAAAAUGUCGUUUCCACUCUGCGAAUCCUUGAGCCGUUUCGUCGAGCAGCACUCGGAAUUCCAUUUCUAUACCAAAAAAUAUCCUCCACCAGCCCCGUGUCUGCGUUAGUUUCCGUCAAGUCUCCAGUGACCUCGUUUGCCCUACUCCAACUCAAUGGCACAGUGGAUUGGAUGUUGGCGCAGCGAAAUGCCCUUCUUGCGUGGACAGGCCAUUCGUUGACAAUAAAGCCGAGAUUCAAUAAACAACUGAGUAUAUCACAUUGGGGAAACUCUGAAGUUACAGGGAGGGGCGUUAUUGCAUUAGUUGGGAAAGGUCAAAUAUACUCGAUAACUCUGAAGGAAGGGGAACAAUAUAUUGCCCAUCCAAGCAAUGUUGUUGCGUAUACAAUGAUGCAGACUCCUCCGCAACCAUACAGAUUCAAGUCGACGACGAUUAGAUUCCCGGUUCCUAACCUGGGCGUUGGAAAACGCUUAUUUAAUACCAACUUUAUGUCAAAUCUAUCAAAAUCGGACACAUGGAUGGCAGUAAUGAGGAUCUUCCAUACAUUUAGAACAUGGACGAGAAGGACAAUAUGGGGCGAUAGGCUCUUUUUACAAUUCCAAGGACCGACGACUCUUCUCGUUCAAUCUAGAGCUGCACGAGUUAACGAUAUCUUAGCCGACCACGAGGUCAACGAGAUUGCCGAUACCACACCAGGGGUCACUAGAGCAGCGGUGGAGGCCACUGAAGUAUCUCCUCCAGAGGACGUCGCCCAUCAGACUGCAACAAAAGAAAACCAUCAACGACAAAGCAUUGCGACCGUUCAUCGGGAUGGAAAGAUUGACUUCAAAUCAACCGAAUAG